UUCCUGUCAAACACCAAGCAGGAAAAAAGAGCGACCGAAUUUUUCCUGCAGUCUUCAGGUGGCCACCGCGAAUUUUCGGGAAUAUUUUCCCCUUUUGCGCUUGAAAUCAGAUACAAAGGUACGUGUCCAGUGACGGUCAACGGGUGACCAAUCACUCCAGUGCAAGAAAAACGGAUAUAAAUUGUCCCGGAGGCCGAACCGAAAAUAAUGGGACUGCUCGAGCAGCUGCAGGACCAGGGCUGGCAUCUUCUCCCAGCCGGAAUAGAGAAACUGCUGGAGGGAACUUCAGGUAUCAUCGAUGUAAAACAAACCGUAAAAUUGGCUUUGGAUGCUGACUUGCGUGAGAUUGGUGGCGGUGCGCUGAGUUCGAUCUCCUCAAGGGGGAACAAAACUGAAUCCAUCGACGGAAAUAUAGUGGUUCAGAUUCUCAAGAUACGUAAUGUGUCUGCUCCGAAAGCCAACGAAGAGUCGAAAGCAGCCCCGCGAUUGCUCAAGCUAACACUAACUGAUGGACAGACGCAGUAUUCAGCUCUAGAAGGUGAACAUGUGCCAUCCAUCAGUUUGGAUACUCCGCCGGGGACAAAGAUUUUGUUGAAAAAUGGACCGAUUCGUAUUACUCAGGGUUUACUGAUUCUGAAUGCCAACAAUGUUACGGUCCUGGGAGGAAAGGUUCCUGUUUUGCUGGAAAAAUGGGAACUCAAUAGAACGAUGGCCAAAUAUGCCAAAGGCGGUCGAAUGCAUUUGAGUUCAUCAGGUCCACCGCCAUGGAUUGCUUUUGGUCAAAAGAUUCAACAAAAUGUGCCACAGGACAAAAAUUUUAAGAGUUUGCAGGCCAAGGAAAAGGAUGAAUCAAAGGAAAACGCAGAAUUUACUGCAUUACGAAAUGACGCAAUAGCCGAAGCCAAUAAACUAGGCACCAAAAAAACUUUCGGCGGAGGUGCUAAACAAAUGGUGGAUGCAAACGUUCAGAAGAUCAUGGAUAAAGGAUUUUCGGAAGAUCAAGCGAAUCAUGCUUUGAAGUUAACUCGAAACAACGUCAAUCGAGCGUUAAGCAAUCUCCAACGGAUAGAAGAGAGAAAACAGGUCCAGAAUGACAUUCGAACCGGAAGAACGGAACCACCCGUUAAACCAGGCAAACGAGGCCCGAUUGCCAAACGCGAUUCUGAAUCAGAAUCAUCGUCGAAGCCAUCGGCUAAAGUUUCACUUUUUGAUUUCCUGGAAGAUAUCCUUCCUGAGAGUGAUGCCACUAAUAAAAAGAGUUCGAGUAAAGAAUCUACACCUUUCAAUAAAUCAUUGGCUAAUGAAGGCUAUGGUGAUUCAAAUGCAAAUACAAUCAAUAGGACAUCUCAUUCUGCCAGCAAUAAUAAUGUUAGCCAAUAUCCGUCGAGCUCAACCUCGCAUUACAAUAAUCCAAGUAAAGGAUAUCAACAGCAACGCUUUGAAAACAAUAUCUCUAGCAGUUUUGCAAACAGGAAUGUCAACCCUACGAAUAGUGGUCGUCCACAUCAUCAACAGCCCCAAUCUCACAACACGAACGCCAAUUCUUCUACUGGUUACAAACAGUCGUCCGACUACAAUAACAGCCGAUACCGGGGACCGCCUUCAAAUAACUAUCCAAACGAAGCGCACCCUAGAAGUAGGCAAGAAUCUAAACACAAUACGCAUUCUUCGUACAAUGCCCAUCAACAACAGCCAACUCAGUAUAGAAAUGAAAAUUUCAAUAAUUCUGGACCCCAAGGAAAAUAUAACUCUACUUCACAUGGUGGUGGUGGAAAAGGUCAGCAAUCAGGUUAUAAUUACGGUCACACGGAAAACCGAACCUCCCAAAACUACAACGGUCAAGCUGAUACGAGAAAAAAUACAAAUGCCUCGAACUCGACCCAUUUCUCUCAGCAACAGCAGCAGCACAAUUCGCAACAGGGUCCCCCUCAUAACACGAGCUACGCCACCAGUUCUGGUAAACCGAUUCAAGGUUACAAUGCAGGUCAACACCAGAAUUCGCACCCCAGCAGUUCUUCCAACCACUAUGCACCGCAAAAUGCAACGGGCAACGGCUCCGGUGGUUACAAUAACCCUAACACUGGUCCUAGUUCCAAGACCCAAAAGAACCCAAGAUACUCCAAAGAGGAAGCCCAAUAUUCUUCACAACCUGUCAAUUCUGCACCACCACCGCAGCAGGGAAGGAAACCACCUCCACCCAAGAGUCACAUAGCAUCGCAGCCGACGAAUGUUGGUUGUCCUCAAACUAACAACAAUGGAUCUUCCCCAUACCAGGUAGCCAAUAAGAUAAGUCAACUGACCGAUGCCGCCGCCAACAUGCAGAUCGGGGGAAAACAGUUCAACAACGCGACCGCACAUAUGAUGAAUGUUGCAAAGCCUCCUAAUCCAGGCACAAUCGCAAUCUCGACAGUUCCCCAAGCCGUGACGCCCAUAGCAGCGGCCCCUACAGCAUCGCCAGUUGUACCAAAGAACUUCAUUCAACUACCCAACGGGUACAGCUACAAUCCGUAUCAAAUUAUGGGUUUUCAGAAUAAGCAAACAAAUGAAUUUGCUCUGAACGUUUUAAAGAGUCAACAGUUCGAUGCCCUUCAAACGGCACACAUGACUGGAGCCACGGUACAGACGGGUUCGAUUGCUGGUGUCGCUAUGCCACCGGGUGCAACGGUCGUUUCGUCUGUUCUGGCUGCAGCUCCCUCUGGGCCUACCCAUUCUAUGGCACCACCGGCAACAUCUAUGGGCAUCCCUAACUGGAAAGUAGGGGACCGAUGUCUUGCUAAAUACUGGGAAGAUGGAGGGUUCUACAAUGCAGAAAUUACCGGAAUCUCAGAGAAUACUUUCGUAGUGUGCUUCCUUGAGUAUGGCAACUAUGAGGAAGUUCUCAAAACCGACUGCAUCCCACUGACACAGCCUGGCGUGCAGGCGGCCGUGCCCCCGCCACACGGACAUCCUCCGCAUCCUUCAGCGGCCAUGGGUUUUCACCCGGGGGCAACGACACAUCUGCCACCCGGUACGCCGCUAUUGCAAGCAGCUCCAGCCGGUGCCUAUCCCGGAUCCAAUGAUGGUCAACCAGGUCAGCAUUUCAGCCACGGUUACAAACCACAAGGUACCGGUCAGUAUACAAUGCAUCUCAAUCAUCCAGCCCACCAUCAGUCCCAGCAACGGCCUUCCAAAUUUCGGGAACAACGACCCAUGUACGUUCCACCAGCACAGCGCAAGUAGCCACUAUUUAUAGGGAAUCAAAUCAGUUCAACUGCAGCACGUGGGACCCGCCCAGACUGGUCUUACCGAGCACAUUGUGUAUUCAGAAUUUAGGAAAUAAAACUCUACAAAAGUCGCCAUCACCCUUUGGAAACAUUGAAUAUCGUCUAUAGUAAGAAAUCGCUUUUCAUGUAAGUUUCUGUACUACGACUUGUUGUUGUGUCCAAAAUGUAACAUAAUUGGAUGAGAAAGGCUAAAAUUUAUACUUAUUCAAAAAAACAUAUUUUCGUACUGAUUUUUCUGUUUUGUAAAAUAAAAAUUGUUGAAAAUUUGAACCGAAAUAUAAGACAUGACUACAAAAAAAAAUGAAGAUAAAAAAAAUACGUUUUCAAUGUUCGGAUUGAUAUCGUUUUUGCAUGAAAGAUUGCUCUUUGACACAGUUAGUGAGUAGUAUACACAAAAAAAUGUACACUGAAAAUCGGCAGAUGAUUUCCGCAAUGCUUGUUGCAUUGAAUAAUCAGCAAACCCAAUAUGAUGUCAGAAUAAUUGGAAUUUUGUGAUCACAAUACAUAUAAAACAUUUACCAAUUAUGUUAUAUUUAAUAUAUUCAAAUAAAUCUUUUGACUCAAA